AUGAACUGGGGGGGCCUGAGAAGUUCCCUGGGGGCUGCCGAGGAAAUCGAGCGCCCUGAUGAGGGCGGUCCAGCGCGGCGGCUGGUGGUCCGGCACUUGGAGAACUGGAUGAGGGUCGGGGACGGCUGGCGUAAGAGACAGGGUUGCAGGGAGGAGGAGGGGAUCAGUUCACACAGAGAGUUCAGAGACCAGAGAGAUGGGGCGGGGCUCGCGGCGGUGGCCGCCCCCGCUGGACCGGUCCCCAGUCGGCUCAACGGCUCCAGCCCCGUGCCUGGACCGCUGCCUCGCACCCCCUUCGAUGACCCGUUCUUUGUGGUGGAGACGCUGUGCAUCUGUUGGUUCUCUUUCGAGCUCCUGGUGCGCCUGUUGGCCUGCCCGAGCAAGGCGGCCUUCUUCAAGAACGUGAUGAACCUCAUUGAUUUCGUGGCCAUCCUGCCCUACUUUGUGGCGCUGGGCACCGAGCUGGCGCGGCAGCGGGGGGUGGGCCAGCCGGCCAUGUCCCUGGCCAUCCUGCGUGUCAUCCGCCUGGUGCGCGUCUUCCGCAUCUUCAAGCUGUCCCGGCACUCAAAGGGCCUGCAAAUCUUAGGCCAGACAUUGCGGGCCUCCAUGCGCGAGCUGGGCCUCCUCAUCUUCUUCCUCUUCAUCGGCGUGGUCCUCUUCUCCAGCGCAGUCUACUUCGCCGAGGUCGACCGCGCCGACUCCAAUUUCUCCAGCAUCCCCGAAUCCUUCUGGUGGGCGGUGGUCACCAUGACCACAGUCGGUUACGGAGACAUGGCGCCCGUCACUGUGGGUGGCAAGAUAGUGGGCUCUCUGUGCGCCAUCGCCGGUGUGCUGACCAUUUCCUUGCCUGUGCCUGUCAUCGUCUCCAACUUCAGCUACUUUUACCACCGGGAGACAGAGGGCGAAGAGGCUGGGAUGUACAGCCAUGUGGACACGCAGCCCUGUGGCCCACUGGAGGGCAAGGUCAAUGGGGGGUUGAUGGAUGGAGAGAUGCCCGAGCUACCACCGCCACUCUGGGCUCCCCCUGGGAAACACAUGGUCACUGAGGUGUGAGGGACAUUUGAGGUCUGCAGGAUCUCAUGC